CCCUGGCCGGGGCGGAGCGCUGGCUCCCUCCCUCACUUGCUCCGGCCCGGUGGCGGCGGCAUGGAGGCCUUCGUGCUCUUCACCAACCAGACCCAGGGCCGUGACCGGCUGUUCCGGGCCGCACAGUACGCCUGCAUGCUGCUCGGCCACGUGCUGGAGCGCCGGGCCGGCCCUGGGGCCGCGCGGGCCGCCCUCCUCCAGCUGGAGGCCAGCAUGAGCUCCGGCCGCAAGCUGUUCAGAUUGGGCAACAUGGUGCACGCCAUAGUAGCAGCCAGGCAAACCAUCCAGCUGCCAGACCCGAUACCCCGCAUCUGCUUGACGGCCUCCAACCUGACCCGUGCCCUGUAUUUCAUCUGUGACACAGUCCUGUGGCUGAAGAGCGUUGGUCUCCUCCCUCACGUAUACAAAUGGAAGUGGCGGAAUUGGGCCACUAAGUGCUAUUACUAUUCACUGCUGAUGAAUCUGACCAGGGAUUUAUAUGAGAUCUCCUGGCUUCUGGAACAAGCUGCUGAAAAGGAGAAGGCAAAGGAGAACUCCUUUCCUUGGGACACACAAGACCAGGACCUGAUCUGCCUGGAAACUGAACGGCAGUCACAGCCAUUUCUUCUCCUGCUGUAUUGCACACUGAAGAAGCAUCCUCCUUUGUUGCUAGACACAACAAAGAACCUUUGUGAUCUUUCUAGUCCUUUGGACCGUCUGGGCAUCUACAAGACCAACCCAGGAAUUAUUGGGCUCUGUGGCCUCCUCUCCUCCUUGGUAGGGAUCCUCACGAUAGCAAGGCCUCAUCUGAAGCUGAAAUAAUGACUGGAGAGCAGUGUGGUCAUGCACUGUGAGCUGACAGCUCAGUCUCUCUGCCUGGUUUUAUUCCUAGGUUAGCACUUUAAAGAAUAAGUAUGUUUGACAAUCACUCCUCAAACAAGGGCUAAUCUCUGGAGGAGUUAGUUAUACUUUUUCUUCAUCCCGGGCAUCCUUGCAGGUGGGGAACUGCUUAACGCUGUGACAGAUUGCACAAGAGAGGAGACGGGAGAAGGAAGAGAUGGAGCAAGGACUAAGAAAAAAUCUCUCUGGAUUUCUGUCACACGCUGUUCUUCAGAGAGAUUGCUGCUUGAGAAGGGAGAUGUUCCUGUACUUGAGUAGAGUGGUGUUAAAUUGUUACAUGGGCAACUAAUAUAUAAGCCAUAAAUAAUGGUGCUGACACUGGAUGGGUAGAAUUCAGUGAUCAGAGGCUUAUAUAAUCAAAUGUCUGUGUCUAGCAUGUUCAGGCAUGUUGGCAUCAGAAAUAUUCUGGGGCUAUAUUUCCAGUAGCUUAGAUAAGUCAGUUCUGUGAAAGGAUAGGAUGUAGUGAGCCUGCCAUCUCUAGGCAUCAGUUCAAGUCCAGCUCAAUCUGGUAGGAACUGGAAAGUUGAACUAUCAAAUAAUAUAACAUGGACACCAUUGAAAAUAGGUUGGCCUGGAUCCAGCUCCUAGUGAAUAAGGGUCCACAUGCCAGAAUCCACCACCUCUCUGCCCUUACUACUGACAGUGCAAGGCCAAACCUUGCUCAGGCCGUGCAAUCCAAAUUACGCUCCAGAGGGGUCUUCUAGGUCUGAGAGGGCAUGUUGGCAAGGGGGCCUGUGUGAGGGAAGCCUCAGUGCUGCUCAGGCUGGGGAUGAGCCACAAACUCCAGUAUGCACAGCUACCUACCUGGCAUUGCUCAAGUGCUGGAAAUGUCACUGUUCCUGGGAGUGUUUGAAGCAGGAGGCUGCUGGACGCUCUGCAGGAGGGUGGCUAAAAUACGACCUAUAGUAACCUCCAUUUUACUGUGAAAGUGCAUCCAUAAACACCAGCAAUCCUAGCAUGGUGGUCUGAGCAGUCAGGAUCUCCAAAGGUCUAAUAUUUGUCUCCUUGCUGGAAAUUAAAUGGUGGCCUGAUUUCUUUGUUGGGAGGUUCCUGGGCAUGCACCUCAUCUCUCUGGGGCCUUGGAACUGCUUUCUCUUUUGCUAGGGUUUGACUAGAGUCUGAAUAUAGUGGAAAACUUAGUAAACUACUGAAGUGGCUUCUAGCUUGAGUAGCUGCCUUCUUGUGCCAAGAGGGCAUAGUGCAAGGCUGAGCCAACCUCUAGUGUUUCUCCUUCUAGGGCUGGGGCUGAUGGGAAACCUGAAACCCAGGAGCCAGGCUGGUGGGUUGCCAGGCUUUCCCUGAGGCUUCCUGGUAUGGAAGAGGAAACCUUUUAAGUGGAUUUUAGAAACUAUGACACAACAUUCCUUUUCCCAGCUGGAGACUACGAUUUAAUGCACCUUAAUGUAGCUUAAUGAAACUGAAGUAGAAUUAACGACAUGGAAAGAAUCCUUUUAGUGCCUUUACCUUAUCUACCUCCCAUGUACCAGUUGGAUAAGGGUGGUGGCUGCUGCUGUUGUACUGUAUCUGGAAAACACAAGCAAUAAAUUGUAAAUGAGAUUGAA